CUGAAGGACACUUUUUAUGGCAGUAAACAGGUUUCUGGGCAUGAUCUACUUGCCAUGCCUUUUUCCAGAAUCUUGGACGACUGCAUAUCUACUUUACUCUCCAAUUAAGUCUCGUCUGGAGGUUUGUCUCGUAAGCUCCGAGUCCACUUUUGUCCUUAGCUUCGAUAUUAGUCUGCUUGAAACUUAUAAUGUCCACGGCAAACGACAGGGAGAUCCUUAACUCUAUAUUUAAUCCUUUAUUACCCAAUGGGAGUCUCCUGUUUGAUGAAAACGUCCCCGUAGAAAUUCCAGAGUCGGAGGAACUGAUGACCGAAGAUGUUGUAACCGCAAAACGACUGGAACUCGAAGGAAUUACUUUUGCCGAGCGAGAGGAGUAUGCUCGAGCAAUUGAACUAUUUUCUGCCUCCAUUAAAAUAUCCCCACACAGGGCUUCUGGGUACAACAAUCGAGCACAAACAUUACGACUUAUGGGACGAAUUGAGGAGGCGAGAGAAGACUUGAACAACGCCAUCAACCUCAGCCAGGGCAGGGGCAGAGCCGCAUGCCAGGCGUAUUGCCAACGGGGUUUGAUCAAUCUCAAGGAAAACAGGACAGAGGAUGCCAAGAGAGAUUUUGAAUUUGCAGUGAAACUUGGUUCGCAAUUUGCCAAGGCACAGCUCGUUCAACUGAAUCCAUACGCUGCAUUGUGCAACAAAAUGUUGAGAGGUGUAUUUGAUAAACUUCAAAAAGGGUUGCCAACCACGGAUUCUGGUGAAGAUGUGAUUGCAAUGAAACAAUAAACCUUUAAAUUGCACCUAUAAUUGUAUGAAAAAAAUAAAAUACUUUUUUUUACCGAUUAGUUAUUUUAUUAUGUGUAAAAGACUAAAAACAUCGAUUACAGGAACACGUCAUUUUACAAAUUGAUAUAUGUAUAGGUAUAUAUAGAACUACUAUCUCGGAUUUGGUCUAAAAAAUAAUUUACUUGUUUUUCUGCUAAUGCUAUGAAAAUACGGCUGAUAAAUGUAUUCAAGUGUAAUAAUAAAAUCUACGCGUAUUUCACUCC